CGUGCGUGUAACCGAGCAAAGUUGUGUCGUAGACGAAGACAGGGUCCCUGGGAAGCUGUCACCCAAACCCACGGAAAGAAUCGGGAAGUCCAACUUUUAAGGAAGUAACUUCAAUAUAUUGCCUUUAUCCUUGACAUAUGCUGUCAGUAUUCCUAUUUUAAAGAACUAGUGUUUUCUCAUUUGGUACUUCUAGGGAUUUAAAGUCGGGUUUGCUGUCAACAAAGUGGAGAGGAGAGUGAUGCAACAUGGCAUCAAGCGCUGUCCGUAAGUGUUUUGUGUCCGCUUUGGCGACACACGCCCGCCGCCAGAGACUCAACGCCCUGCCCAAGAACACGUUUUCUCGGACGUCCUCUGCGGUGACAUGCGGCCACGGAGAACCCACGGGGAGGAAGAGUCUGUACGACAGAGCCCAGGCCGAAGGAGACAGCGGGCAGAGCGGUAGCUCGGUCCUGUGGACGUCGCUGGCUUUGGGGCUCUGCGGGGCGGCUCUGCUGGACAGCCAAAAGGACAAAGGGGUCAGAGGAGACUCCAUGUCCAGGGGGGUUCUAGAGCUCCUUUUACCCUCUGCUCACUGUGCCUCCCCAUAUAAACCAGACAGCCCCCGAUAUAGAUACAACUUCAUUGCAGAUGUGGUGGAGAAGUCCACUCCAGCUGUUGUGUACAUUGAGAUCCUAGGCAGACAUCCUUUCUCAGGAAGGGAAGUCCCGGUGUCGAAUGGCUCUGGUUUUGUCAUCAGCAGUGACGGUCUCAUCGUCACCAAUGCACACGUUGUGGCCAACAAGAGGGGCGUUUGCGUGAAGCUCACCAAUGGGGACAUGUACCACGCCAGCGUGCAGGACGUGGAUCCUGUGGCUGACAUUGCAACCAUCAAAAUCAGUCCAAAGAAGCCCCUCCCCACCCUGAAACUCGGUCAGUCGUCGGACGUUCGACAAGGGGAGUUUGUGGUCGCCAUGGGAAGUCCGUUUGCUCUCAGGAACACCAUCACAUCCGGGAUCGUCAGCUCAGCACAGAGGGACAGCAAGGAGCUGGGCCUGUCCAACCCCAACAUGGAGUACAUACAGACGGACGCGACCAUCGACUUUGGAAAUUCUGGAGGUCCACUGAUUAAUCUGGAUGGGGAGGUCAUUGGUAUCAAUACAAUGAAGGUCACUGCUGGGAUUUCAUUUGCUAUUCCAUCUGAUCGGGUGAAAAUCUUCCUUGAUCAAGCGGCAAAGAAAAACAAGCCUUGGUUUGGCGAGUCAGGAACUAAGGCGCGAUACAUAGGAGUUAUGAUGCUGACGCUGACUCCAAGCAUCAUCGCUGAGCUGCAGCUGAGAGACUCCAUGUUCCCCAACGUGACGCAUGGCAUCCUGAUCCACAGAGUCAUCACGGGCUCGCCUGCCAGCAGAGCCGGCAUGCUCGCAGGAGACAUCGUCGUGGAGAUAAACGGGGUUAAAGUGAACACCUCUGAGGAGAUCUACAAGGCGGUCCGCAGCAGCGACAGGAUCACCUUGCUGGUGCAGAGAGGGAACAAGCUGCUUCAACUGCAAGUGACUCCUGAAUUCAUCGAGUAACAAGCUGCAGAUCGACAGGCGUCAUGCCCGCCUUCCAAGCUGUAACAUGAAGAAAAUGUGAACACAGGCUCUUUUCUUUUUUUGACUAACUCUAAGGGCUGUACGAUCACGUGAUAACACUAAUUUUAAUAACUACAAGAAACGAAAACGUCUACUUUGAAAUGCACUGUUUGUUAAAUAAAAAGUUCAACAGCAAA